AUGCAAAGUGCGUUUCAUCAUGUCAACAUAAUAUAUGAAGGUGGCGGGAUGUACCGCGAGAUGCGAGAAGAAGAGAAGCAAAGUGAAUAUUACCGUUCACAGAAUCAGAACGUAUUAGAGCCCAACAAACAUUACCAAGACGAAAUGUUGGACGCAAAGCGCCUCUCUAAAAACAGAGACGCGGCACAACAAUCUUUUUUAAUCGGGUGGUUGGGAUAUUUAGGAUAUCAUGUUAGAGUCAACCGACUCUAUAAAAAAGGGAAAACAACGUCUCAACUGUUCACUGUGAACUCCGUGAGCAAAGAUGGGAAAAUCAUAUACAAAAGUUCUGAUGUCAAAAUAUCAGUGGAUGAUUUAAGAGACCGAAGGAGGUGUAUAGACGCCGUCACUAACUCGUGGAUGAUUGAUACAAUCAAAGCCAAGACAAAUGCUUGUCUCAUCGAAAAGAAAUGUAGAGAGUCAAAAUUUGGAGAAAUUGGGGUAAUGAGAAGAUUAAAGAAAGUCGAGUUCUUAGGAAGUACUCUGAUUCCUUCAGAUAUCACGGAAAUUGGGUUGAACGUCCACUCUUUCAUUACAAAGUCGAUGGGUCCAUCGGACUGUUUAAUUACGUCCUCUCAGCAAAUUCUCAACAUUUUUCCAUUUAAAAUUUAA